CGCCGGGACGAGCGUGCGCGAAAACCAGAAAGGGAGAAAAAAGAGCGUACGCGAAAACCAGAAAGGGAGGAAAAAAAAAAUAAAAAAUCCAAGACUCGGAAAGAGAAAGAAAGGGGGAGAGGGAGAGAGGGUCUUGAGAUCUAAUUCUUUCUUUCCCUCCCUCCCUCCAAGAUGGACUCCCAACUCUCUCCCUCACUCCUCCCCGAGAUCGGCCCCGACGGGAUCGCCAGAGAAAACCCCGUCAUCGCCUACACCGAGAAGGUCAUUGAGGAAGAGCAGCUCCAGCUGAAGAGAUAUAUUCAAGAAAAUUAUUCCAAGAUUCGUGAUGUUGAACGUGAAUUGGAGAAUCUUACGUUGGAGUUGAAACUUACGGCUGGUCCAAAGAAAGCAGCACUGGAGCACUUGCGGAAGAAGAUUGAAUUACAGACUGAAAGAAUACAUGUGGCUAAGCUCAAGGAAGACCAAGCAAAGAAGAAUAACGGUGUAUCUGUGCAACAGACGGCCAGCAAUGUUACAGCUUCGCAGCCUGCCCAGCUUCAGCCAGCAGAAUCAGCUGGUAAAGUCCCUGAAAAUACACUCACAGGAGGAAACAAUAGUGGUCAGCCAGCCUCAGAUGGGCACAACCAACGACCUGUUGAAGUGAGAGAAAAGAAAAGAACCCCAAAUUUGGGAAGAGGGAGGGGCAACAUGAUCCUGCCCAAGGGAAGAGGUGCUUCAGGACCUGGCUGGACUGGGGCUGGAUUUGAUGUUGAUAAUGGUACAUGAUGGUUGGGUAAUUUCAGACUUCCCCAUUGCAGCACCAAAUGGGUGGCUAGAGGAUGGUACUUAUUUCUAGAGGCAUCCUAAUGGGAUGGGACGUAAGCAUUUCCAGAGAUUUCUUCCUUUCUAUUUUCAGUCAUCAGCAUCUUAAGAUCUAUGUUCUUCUUAUUUUUUUUUUUCCUUUUUUUAUUUGUCCUUCUCUCAGCUCAUUUUGCUGUUCUAGACAAUGAUGAUUCCAAAAUAUGUUAGUCAGCCUUCCUGGCAGAUCUUGGACUUCGCUGUAACAAUAUAUUGUUCUUCAAUCCUAGUUAAUUCUUGAUGUAUAGAAAGAGAAGGAAGAAAGGAUUUACCAUG